AUGGAGGUUCCUUCUAACCUUGAAGUUCCCUCUCUUGAUUCAAAACUUCCAUUUCAAACUAUUAUUCUAUUGACCAUUAUAGCCCUACUUGGAGCGUACUUCAAGCUCAAAGUCUCUCUUCAACGAGGCAAAAACCUCCCGCCUGGAUCCUUGGGGUUUCCAUUUGUUGGAGAAACCCUAAGUUUUCUCAAGGCUCAGAAGCAAGACACAACAGUCCAAUGGAUCGCAGACCGCAUCACCAAGUAUGGACCGGUGUUUAAGACCUCAUUGAUCGGUUCAAAGGCGAUUGUCAUCACUGGGCAAGCUGGUAAUAAGUUAGUGUUCAGUGGGGGUGAUAAUGGCUUUGUUAGCAAUCUACCACAAUCUUUAAGUAGCAUACUUGGAAAGCAUAGCAUCUUUGAGGUCACAGGAUCAAGACACAAACUUAUUAGGGGUGCAAUGAUGACCUUUCUCAAGCCUGAGAGCCUUCAAAGUUUUGUUGGUGAAAUGGACUCACUAGUGAAGCAACAACUAUUCCAAGAACUCAAUGGGAAGGAUUCAACACAUGGGGUGAGACUAAUGAAGAGAAUCACAUUCAAAGUCACUUGCAGCCUACUGUUUGGAUUGCCAGAAGGGAAGGAGAAAGACGCGCUUUUCGCAGAUUUUAUACUUGCUGUCAAAGGAACAUGGGCAAUUCCCUUGAACCUUCCAGGGACCGCAUUUGGAAAAGCGAUGCAGGCGAGGCGUCGGAUAUGUAAAUUGUUCUCCCAAUUGAUCAGCAGAAAGAGAAGAGAAAUGGAAGAGGGGAAGGUCAGACCUGAUGACAAUAUGGUCUCAACCUUUGUUGCUCUGAGGGAUGAAAAUGGUGAACUUCUUCCAGAAGAGGAAAUAAUUGACAAUUUUGUAACUCUCAUGAUGGCAAGCCAUGACACCACUACCAUUGUUCUAAGCAUGUUUCUGAGGCUUCUAGCCAGAGAUGCUGAGGUUAGAAGCAAGGUGCUGGAAGAGCAAAAACAAGCUCAAAAGGCAAGAGAAGAAAAUGGUGGAAAACUUGGAUGGAGUGAUGUACAAAUGAUGAAGUAUACAUGGAGAGUGUCCCAAGAGCUCAUGAGGAUGACUCCUCCUGUUUUUGGCAACUUCAAACGUACCUCCAGAGACAUCUCUUUUGCUGGUUUUCGCAUUCCCAAAGGCUGGCAGAUAAUGUGGGUGACAUCUCCUACACACAUGGAUGAGAAGAUUUUCUCAGAACCAGAAAAGUUUGAUCCAUCAAGAUUUGAGAACCCUAGAUCGAUCCCUCCCUAUGCUUACAUUCCUUUUGGAGCGGGCCAUCGGAUAUGCCCUGGGGCAGAUUUUGCCCGGAUUGAAGUACUCUUGCUAAUCCAUCACUUGGUCACAAAUUAUGAAUGGGCUGAGAUGAUCCCAAAUGAGCCCAUCAUUCGUGAGCCCUUGCCCUACCCAGCCAUGGGCCUUCCUCUCAAGCUUAAGCCCAAGAAGAUUUGUGCGUAGAAAGUCAUAUAUGGGCUUUUUCAAGACAUGUGCAUAUUCAAUAUUUUUAUUCAAAAAAGUGUUGAGAAUUUAAAUGGUAUGAAUUAAAUUUAUUUUAGGUGUGAUUCACACAACACCAAAUUUAAAUUUAUAUCAUAUAUUAAAAUUCUGACACUUUUUUAAUAAAAAUUUAGAAUACACAGCAUUUCUAUUAUAUUCUAUGAUUGUUAUAUAUAUAUAUGCUUAUCAUUUUAGAAGUACUUAUUUUGGUUGUAAAGCAAACUCUAACUAAAGAUUUGUUGAGUGCUUGGAAAAGCUAUCUAUGUAUCCAAAAUGGUGUUUUUAAGCUCAAGUUAGAAAC